CGCCUUAACCCUUAGGUCAUUCAAUAUCAACCGUAUUUCACCAUAUAUAUAAAACAGAGCCUUGCUCAUUCUUUCCAACCAACACUUCGCACUUCUUUCUUAUUCCUAUUCCCAUUACUUCACCUCUCUUUUCUUUCUUUCUUUCCCACAAAGCAAAACCACCUACACAGUCACCUCACAUAUUACUUGCAACACAUGGAUUGGGUUCGUGGAGACGCCGUCGGUAGAGGAGGCUUCGCCACCGUUAGUUUAGUCAUUCCGACUACCAAUCCCUCUCGGUUUCCGUCUUUAACAGCCGUCAAGUCCUCCCAGACACUCACCUCUUGUUGGCUCAAGAACGAGAAACACGUGCUCGAUCACCUAGGUUCUUGUCCGAGAAUCAUUCGCUGCUUCGGAGAUGACUACAGUUUCGAGAAUGGUGUUGAGUACUACAAUUUGUUCCUCGAAUAUGCCACCGCCGGGAGUCUCGCAGACGAGGUAAACAAUUGCGGAGGCCGGAUUCCCGAGCCUCAGGUUCGGCGUUAUACGAGGUCCAUCGUGGAAGGUUUGAAUCACAUACAUCAAAAUGGGUUUGUCCACUGCGACAUAAAGCUUCAAAACAUCCUCGUACUCGACGACGGGGAAAUCAAGAUUGCAGAUUUCGGUCUGGCGAAAGAGGCAGGGGAGAUAAAACAGAGGAAGAGUGAAUGCAGGGGGACUCCGCUGUUUAUGUCGCCGGAGCAAGUGAUCGAUGGUGAGUGUGAGUCGCCCGCAGAUAUAUGGGCUCUGGGGUGCGCAGUUGUGGAGAUGGUUACCGGGAAACCGGCGUGGAAGGUGGAGAAGGGGUCGAGUAUGUGGUCGUUGAUGCUUCGAAUUGGGGUGGGAGAAGAGACUCCCGAGAUACCUGAGAAUUUGUCGAUAGAAGGGAAGGAUUUUAUCGGGAAGUGUUUUGUUAAGGAUCCUAGAAAGAGGUGGAGUGCGGAGAUGCUUUUGAAACACCCUUUUGUUUCUGAUGGCACUGUUUCAUUUAAGCGCGUUCACGAAUCGCCCAGAAGUCACUUCGAUUUCCCCGACUGGGUUUCUAGUACGACUUCUUCACUUCCCAGCUCGCCGGAAUCUCAAUCGCCAUGGAAUUUUGACGAGUCCCGUUCGGAAGGUUUCUGCUCGCCGGAGGACCGGCUCCGUCAGAUAUCAACCGUUGAUCGGCCAGCGAAUUGGUCGGAAUCAGAUGGUUGGAGUAGUGUUAGGUGAAAUUGGCAUAGGAAUUGGAAGAUUGUUGAUCGCAAUCUCGAUUUUGAUUAUACUGAAUUGGUUGAUUUAAUUUUUGUAAAUUGGGUAGGAUAUACGUACAUUUGUGAUUUGUGAAGUGAUUUGAUGGAAGAGUUUUAACUGGCGCCGGUUGUGGCGCGUUGUACAGAGGCUGAUUUUAUAGUAAAUUACUCGGUUACUGUUA